UACCAGAACCAGAGAGUGAGAGAACUGAGUAAGCACGUGAAUAAUCAUCACAGUUGAACGAUUCUUAGUCAGUUCAUAACGCUCAUAAGAGAAUAAAGUCAGUUGCAUUUAAACCAACAUUCUGAUAACACAUCAGUUUAAUAAAAAUAAUAAUAAAAUAAACUAUAUUUAUAUUUAUAAUAAAUAAAUAAAAAUGAGAGAAAUUGUGCAUCUACAAGCUGGCCAAUGUGGCAAUCAAAUUGGUGCUAAGUUUUGGGAAGUUAUUUCUGAGGAACAUGGAAUUGAUCAAUCAGGAAAUUAUUAUGGCGACAGUGAUCUUCAACUUGAAAGAAUUUCAGUUUACUACAAUGAAGCAUCUGGUGCAACAUCAAGAAGUGGUGGUAAAUAUGUACCAAGAGCAAUAUUACUUGAUCUGGAACCAGGUACAAUGGAUUCUGUGCGUUCUGGUGCAUAUGGUAAAUUAUUUCGUCCAGAUAAUUUUGUAUUUGGACAAUCUGGUGCUGGUAACAACUGGGCAAAAGGACAUUAUACUGAGGGUGCUGAAUUAGUUGAUGCAGUACUUGAUGUUGUUAGAAAAGAAGCUGAAAAUUGUGAUUGUCUACAAGGUUUUCAAUUGACUCAUUCACUUGGUGGUGGUACUGGUUCUGGUAUGGGAACAUUAUUAAUAUCAAAAAUACGUGAAGAAUAUCCAGAUAGAAUUAUGAAUACAUAUUCUGUUAUGCCAUCACCAAAAGUAUCUGAUACUGUUGUUGAACCAUACAAUGCAACAUUAUCUGUUCAUCAACUUGUUGAAAAUACUGAUGAAACAUAUUGCAUUGAUAAUGAAGCACUUUAUGAUAUUUGUUUCCGUACAUUAAAAGUUGCAAAUCCAUCAUAUGGUGAUUUAAAUCAUCUUGUAUCAUUGACAAUGUCUGGUGUAACAACAUGCCUACGUUUUCCUGGUCAAUUAAAUGCUGAUUUAAGAAAAUUAGCUGUUAACAUGGUACCAUUUCCACGUUUACAUUUCUUUAUGCCUGGUUUUGCACCAUUAACAUCACGUUCAAUGCAACAAUAUUCAGCAUUAUCUGUUCCUGAAUUAACACAACAAAUGUUUGAUGCUAAAAAUAUGAUGGCUGCAUGUGAUCCAAGACAUGGAAGAUAUUUAACUGUUGCUGCUAUUUUCCGUGGACGUAUGUCAAUGAAAGAAGUUGAUGAACAAAUGCUCAGUGUUCAAAAUAAAAAUAGCUCUUUCUUUGUCGAAUGGAUACCAAACAAUGUCAAAACAGCUGUUUGUGAUAUUCCACCACGUGGUCUUAAAAUGUCAGCAACAUUUAUCGGUAACACAACAGCAAUUCAAGAAUUAUUUAAACGUAUUUCCGAACAAUUUUCUGCUAUGUUCAGAAGAAAAGCUUUUUUGCAUUGGUACACUGGUGAAGGUAUGGAUGAAAUGGAAUUCACUGAAGCUGAAUCAAACAUGAAUGAUCUCGUUUCUGAAUAUCAACAGUAUCAAGAAGCAACUGCUGAUGAUGAUGCUGAAUUUGAUGAUGAACAAGAAGGCGAAAUUGAAGAACACUGCUAAUUUAAAAAUAAAAAACCUUUAUAAUAAUAAUACCUAU